ACGUGCCGGCGUCGGGCAUGUACUUCGGCUCGUACGAGGUGCUGCAGCGGCUGCUGACGCCGGCGCACCAGUCUCGCUCGGACCUGGGGCCGGCGCGCACCCUCCUGGCCGGCGGCGUGGCCGGCAUGCUCAACUGGGCCGUGGCCAUCGCGCCGGACGUGCUCAAGAGCCGGCUGCAGACAGCGCCGGCCGGCACGUACCCGCGCGGCAUCCGCGAUGUGUUCGUCGAGAUGAUGCGCAGCGAGGGGCCGCGCGCCCUCUUCCGCGGCCUGGCGCCCGUCAUGAUCCGCGCCUUCCCCGCCAACGCCGCCUGCUUCCUCGGCUACGAGGUGGCGCUCAAGGGCCUCAACAAAGUGGCGCCUGGCCUCUGAGGCCGCCGCGCCCCAGCCCGACCGGCACCGUGGGCACCCGGCGCCCCUUCCGUCACCGGCUGGCGGUCGGGGGCUGGCGCUGUCGGAGCCCCGUGCGGGUGGUCGGGGGUUUAGUGCCGCCGCGGAGAUCGCCGCCCGUUCCUGCUGAGAAGUGAGGACACGGCGGCUCGGCUAGCGUAUCUGUAUAGGGUUGGGGGUGUGUGUUCGGACGUUUCUGGUGGGGGAUUCGAGUUGGAGAGUGGCUGUGCACUGGCAGAGGUCGGCCCCGAGGUGGCAUACGCCAUGUGGUGAGCAGCAGGAAGAGGAGCAGAAGUCUGUCAGCCACCAGAGGGUUCAAGACCGGUGUGAAUAGGAUGCGCUCGUCGUUGCGCCAUGGUGUGUACUACGAUAUGUGUAUUUAGUUUCCCGCCCAUCCAACCCGCAAUUUAGCCCUGUUGUUAGCGUACAGACUUACACUCAAGACUCUGUAAGAUCUCUCGAGACCUUGCGUCAAACGCGGGUCGUGCAUUCUUGUACCACGUUUACGCUGGGCUUAUAAUCGGGUAUUUUCAAUGCAUGCUACAGGGUUUACACUAGGCAUCAUGUAGUCCACUUGAGAUGUCCGGGUGGUGGAAUGUUUACCCCGCCAUUAUCCCGCAGCUGUGUGGAGUGAGCCUGGUGGAGGAUCAUUGUUGAUCAUCCCGGUAGCUGGUCGCUAGGCGACAGUGGGCCCCACCAACGUGAGCUUGUUGAAAUGACUGCUGUGUUAUUCCGGUACAUAUCUGGGUGAGGGCCAUGUACAAGUUUCUUCUAAUGUUAAUCCGUGGAUGGCAAAUGGAUUGCAGCCUGACCCGGCUUGGUGCGGGCUAGGGCGCGGUAAUGGGGUGGACAGGGGGUGGUUGCUCCUUCCUAAACAGGAAAAGUAACAGCAGGCGCAUGGUCAUGCGAAUGAGGACUGAAAUAAUUACCUCCUCCCCCCCCCCCCCCCCCGCUCAAUGCUGGACCGGUUCUGCUCUAAUGCCCGUGGAGGAGGGAUGUUGAUUCGGUGAUGGGUGCGCUGGGGAAGACCGGGGGUAAACUUGUGAGCCCCUGGCAGUCCGGCAUGGUGGUGCGCUCUGUGAGACGGCACCCGAGACGCCCGAACCCACGUCCGUGCCCGUCACUGCUAGCAUCGCCCCGUGCUUCAGCAUCACCCCGCCUCUGCAUCCGCCGCUGCACCCCAGUCGUCCCGCACCCUGCCCCGCCCGGCGCCUCCCCUCACUCGUCGAAGAUCGGGCCACGCGCACGUCCGUGUCCCGCCACAGCACUCGUCGCACCACCGCCUUAGUGAAGAGCACCUCUGGUUGUCGUUUUGCCGCGUGCCCAGUCGGUGCGCCGGGCCGGUACCGGCGCGCCCAGCCGCGCGCGGCCGGAUAUUGGCCGGUAGCUGUACUUUGUGCACGGAAGGACAGGCGGUCGCGUGGCGUCCGGUCGACGCGAGCUGCGCCGCAGGGAGUCCCGGUGCCGCGUCCACUUGUUUCGAUGUGCAGUAUCCGUGGAAUAUUCAUGGUACAAGCAGGAACGCUCGGUUGCAUGCUGUCCGGUUGUUCAGAGCAUGAAUGUUGCAAUAGGUGCGCGCUGUGCUGAGCAGUUUAAACGUGCAGACAGUACCCACCGUCGUCUCGAUGUGACGCAAUUGACGCAGAUUUGAGGGGCGUUGUGAAAAUCGUUUGCGACGUGCACCAGGGCUUUCGACAUGAGCUCAUGUAAUAGGUCGGGACCUGCCGGAUAAGGGGUGGCGGCCUUCGUGGAAGCGUAGUAUGCCAUACCACCAACAUGCACGGCGCAGCGUUGAUGCCUGACGAGAGACAGAGCGGUGACCGUGGCUAGGCCCUGCCAGAAGGCAGCCCACUGCGGCAUGACAGCGCGUGGCCGUCCCGAGCACCCAACAGCGGGAAGUGAGCGUCAGCUCCCAGACAGACCGCCGGCGCGUUUGUGUGUGUGCGCGGAUGGUGCCAACUGCCCCGGUCGGCGCCGUCACGCGCCGUCGCCGCUGCCAGCUGCUGGGUCUGCAACGUGUCCUGUGUUGGCGUGUUUUGAAUAUAGACUUAUCUCUUACG